ACGAGAUGAGACGUUCGCUUAUGUGCCCGUGGCAAUGAUGGGGACUAUGUCAUUGAAGGAUUUUCUUGAUUUACCUCCGUUAAAUGUGUUUACAACCACUGGGUUGAAAUACUCACCUAUUUAGAAGCGACACAAUGUCCACACAACAAAAACGCAUUACGAAGCCACUCCCUAUACUACUAGCACGUGCCCUCUACGACAACAAAGCGGAGUUCCCUUCUGAACUAUCCUUCUGCCGCGGUGACGUGGUCACUGUACUGCAACGUAACCCUGAAGGAUAUAUUGGUUGGUGGGUUUGUAGUUACAAAGGAAAGCUUGGAAUUGCACCUGGAAAUCGGUUCGAAGUGUUGGGAGUAGUACAUCGAAAAAAUCAAGACAGCGAAAAUGACGUGUAUGACGAUCCAACCGAGUGGUUGUCCGUCAAUGUGAAUAAAACUGCAAACUCAUCCGAGGCUGUCGGAUUAUCAAUGCAGACGGCCGAUUUGAACACUUCAUUUCAGUCACCAUGCACCCAUUCUCUGUUGAACACACAGACGCAUCGAAUUUCAGGACUGACAGAUAGUGGAAACUAUUCGAAUCGUUCCAGUGAUGCGUCCCUUGGUAUGCAAUCGACCGCUGGCUUUCCGGAGGGCAAUUCCUGUUCAAGACCGUCAGGAUCACAGUAUGAUGACUAUGAGGAUCUUGAUGCUUCUGCCUACGAGGAUAAUGGUUCAGAGCAUCCGCCUGUGCCGUACAAAUCUGAAAAUGAACAGUAUUCACCAAAGGAGGCCAAAGACGACUUUCCCGGUGCCAUAAAAUUGCAGCAAGUUGAAAGUCAAUAUAUCAGAAUAACUUUAACCGAAGGAGACUUAGAGUCAAAGGUGGACUGCGUUGAAGGAGCCUGCUUACACCAGCUUUCAUCUGAUGAUUAUCCGACCAAACUAAAACAAAUCUUAUCAGACGCAAAACGCUUGUCUCUUUUGAGUGAUAGCUGCUCGAAUCCUUAUUAUGACGUGGACCCAGUACAACCAAUUAGUUGUCAAACAACUGGCUGUGCCCCCGAUAAUCUUUCUUCUGAGUUAGAUUUCUUAAACACAUUCCGACCUCUUCAACGACGGAUCCAGUCAGUGAUUAGACACUUAACUGAAUGCCUCUGCGCGUCCAGUCUUCCGUCAAAAACGUCACCUUCCCGACUCACUGGGUCUUUACUCGCUCGACAAGUGGUAAGGCAAUUCAGUGAGGAUCUCGCUCACUUAUCUAAGCUAUGUGGAGUUAUUGUCUUGAUCUCAAAAGAUUCUCCUGACCUUGGACUUGUGAGGAAAUUCUGCACAGUUCAAAAGACGCUGGACCACACGAUUCCUCAGUUAGAUCGCAUCUUAGAAGAAUUAUCCACCCCCGAGACCAAGUCACAUCUGGAUAAACCACAGUUACUCUCAAAAAUGGAGCGGCUUCUCACACUGAUUGCUCAGUGCAUGUCUGUUUUGGAAACAACCUUUUUAACAAACGUCAAUCUACUCUUCAGCCCAAUCAAGUUGACUGAUCCUCUUCCCCAAAACCAGCAAGAUUUGAAAGUGAACGCAUUUACACAUGCUGAUGUGGAUAUUCUAUCAUCUCUAACCGCUCCACCUUCAUCCUGGUCGUUGAAUCGUACUGAGGAUUGUUCGUGUUCAUACGGCAGUCAGAGCCGAAUGUCUGAAUUGGUAAAACUGAUCCCAGUCAAGCGUUUUUCGGAGUUACAGUCUCAAUGUGAACAUGCCUGGAGCAGUUCCCAAUGCUUUUUGCGGCAAAUUCUUCCCGCAAAGACGGGACCACCAAGUUCGAAGACCUCGAGUGAACCAUUGACUCUUAAGAUGGUAAACACCCUGGUGAAUGCUACCCUGGACUCAUGCACUGAGCUAAUAAAGUCCGUGUCCAGUUUCUGUGCUCUUCUCUCAACGUUGGUCGACACGUUCACUGACAAAACCGAAAUCCUGGCUCUUCAGAACGAACUGACUACAAAGAACGAUUCACUCUGUGAGGCCCUCAAAGGCAUCAUAACUCAGGCCAAAGAAGUCAGCAGUCAUUUACAGAAAGAAAAAGAAGGACCACCCCUUCCCGGCCCGGUAUUACAGCGGCUGAUUGGGGCUGGGCAUACCGUCUGUCUUUGUGUUAAAUCAAUCGAAGCUUGUUUCAGCCAGUAUCACGAUCGAACUCAGACUGCGUGAAAAAUGCCAUGCAAUUUCACUGUUCACGCAAAAAUGACCAUACCCUUCCAAACUACUUUUUCUACUUUGUACCACUGAAUGAUUCGUUGACACGACUGGUAUUCAUUUUUGCCAAAAAUUCUUUGUACAUAUUUGAUUCGUUAAAAGGACA